CACUGCGGUACCCUCCUCCCCUCCCUCCUCUCAGAUAUGACACGCCCCGGGUUUCUGUCCAUGUCAAAGCCUUUAUUUUGGUAGCAACAGAUGGUAGCGCGCGCAUACACAGGUGGUGUCAAUGCGUGUCAUCCUAACAUCUGAAAGGACAGAAGAGCGACUGAGACAGGGACCUACGCGGUUUAGUGCUCCUACGCUGACGAAGGAAGCUCAUACAGCUGCUUUUUUCUGCUCACAUUUUGAAGGCGUCCGUUGUUUCAGGCUGAGGUGAACUGGGACCUGCUGUUAACAGGUGAAGACGCCUCAAAUCACGGUGCCCUCACCUUGGGUUUUGACUAGUAUUGACCAGAUCACUCAAUGGCGCUGACAGUGAACCUGAUUGGUCCUUCACCAUGGGGCUUCAGAAUAUCUGGAGGAAGGGACUUCAAGAAGGCCAUAACUGUAACAAAGGUCAACGUGGGCAGCAAGGCAGCGCAGGGAGACCUGCAACCAGGUGAUAUCAUCUUGGAAAUCAAUGGGGAAAACACCACAGACAUGCUGAAUGUGGAGGCCCAGAACAAGAUCAAGAACUCAAAGACCCAUCUGCACCUGAUGGUGGAGAGACCUGAACCUGGCAGCUCUGGACAGACCAAUGGAAUCAGCACACCUGAACAGUUCACUGCACGCUUCCAGGAGGCAGUAAAAGUGAGUCGAGAUGAGAAUCAGAACUACAGGGAGUACACCAUCUCCAGCCCUGUUUCGCUGUCACCUAGACCAUACUCACCAGCCCCUCCUGCCAGCCCCGACAGGAAGAUGCUGACAGCCACCACCAACAAGAGUGUCCAGCUGCGCUCAUGGUCUCCAGAGGAGAGGAGUCGCCGGCUGUCCAGGCCAGUCUCACAGGAGCUCUCCCAGCCAAUCUACAGAAGUAACUCUGUGUCGAGCAGAACCCCGACCCCACCAGGACGCUACUCGCCCCAAAGUCCCGUUGAUCGGGAUGUACCCAUGUCCCCCCGCCGCAGCAGUGUGAGCUCUGACUCAACCAUGCAGAAAUUCGACAAGGACUCAGAAGUGUACAAGAUGAUCCAGGAGAAUAAAGAGUACCGUGCGGCGCCUCGUCAGUCCAGCACCUUUAAAAUGCUGCAAGACGUCCUGGAGGCUGAUGAGAAAGAGGCAGCCCGGCAGUUCCCAGGGAAACUUUCACCCAGUGCUCCAAAACCAAGCCCCGCAGUAGUAGGAGGAGGAGGAGGAGGAGGAGGAGGAGGAGGAAGUAAAUACCACACCUGUGAGAAAUGUGGCACCAGUAUUGUCACACAGGCCGUGCGUAUCACAGGCAACCACUUUCGCCACCCAGAGUGCUACACCUGCGCAGAUUGUGGCCUUAACCUCAGAAUGAGAGGUCACUUUUGGGCUGGCAAUGUGAUGUACUGUGAAAAGCAUGCCAAACAGAGGUACCAAGGUCCAAAUAGUCCCCCCCAAACCACAGUGUCCCCUCGCCAGUGAGUCUGCCACCGCAUACCUGCCCCGCUCUGGACGUAGAGUACCACUUGUCCACUUGAAGCCUCGCCACACCUGACACAGUUGCAGACCUUGGGAUGGGGCCUGGAGGUGGACACUGGUCAACGAUAUAGAGAGGGUCUUCUCUUCUGAUCAGAUUUAACAAUACUUUCCAUUAUGAUUCACUUCCUUGCCUUUCCUUAUAACUUUAUGACAACUGGGGCUUUGUUUUUCACACGGCCCUGCCUCCACAGUCUCCAGGUUAUUCUUGGCUCUAAUUGUGCACAGCUUCUAUGGACUCGACACAUCACAUUGUACUAAGAUUUAAAGAAUACCAAUAUUUUAUACAAACACAGGACUGGCUCUCUGAGGAUCUGGAUAAUGAUUUGAAUCUCCUGCUAACACAGAGGGGCCAAAGUCUCACCUUUACUGCAUGCCAUUAUAAAAAUGUAUUAUACACCAACAGCACUGUGUGUGGGUGCAUGCUUUCACAUACACAAGUGUGGCUUCUGCAUCUGUGUGCGCACACGGUGGCUCACAGAGGAUGGAGGGGGGGUCCCAAGUUGUUAUAUACAUAAAGGAGUUUGAGUUUUGCACUAGUCAAACCACAAUCCUUUGUGUUCGCUAUAUAUUUUUUGUAAGCAGAAUUUGAGUAGAAAUGGUGCAAACACAUAUUUGCUGACUUGUUUUGUUGCUAAUGAGGGAUUAGAUUCAUUCAAUAUACAGAUAUUUUUGAGGUUUUUGAAUGGUCUUUGAUAUUGACCGUUUAAAGUACAUAGUGUAGCCUGGGACGUUUUAACAUGAGAACAGCUAAUGAUGGCACUUGUCCAGUUACAGCAGUACUCAAAGGUACACUGUUUGCAUUUCAUAUGAUACUUAAUAAAAUCGCACACAACCUGAA